GACCCACACAUCACUGUUUAUAUUGCCGGAUAACAAAUUUAACCACAUCCUGUGACAUAUCAAGGCUUGGAAUCCACAGUCUCAGUUGACUGUCGUCUUGUGCUGUAGCUUAAAUAUUUAUUUUUCACGACUACGCAGCGCAAUUUCACUCAAAAGCCCGAGACAAUACGAAAACCGACGCGGAAUGGCGUCCACUAGGGGCCCGGGAAGCUGAAUAACAGCAACUUAGACUCGAAUAGAAACUCGCUGGCCAAUCGGAACGCGAGCUGUGAUAGAAGCGACCAAUCGACGUGUCUGAUUUGCGCAUGGGCGGUACCUUGCGGUGGAGGAUUCUGCUUUCAUACACGUUCCCGGUGUGUGUUGACCGCGGAGCGUUUCCUGCACUGGUGCAUGGUGGUCGAACAGGAGGAAUUGUUGGAAAUUUUUCGGAGCAGCUGAAGCAUGCUCUUGGCCCAGAUAAACCGGGACUCGCAGGGAAUGGCUGAGUUUCAUGAUGCAGAUGGGCAGCCGGUCACUCUCUGUCUGACAGAGGCUGUGACCGUAGCAGAUGGUGAUCAGAUGGACAGCAUGGACACAGUGAGUCUGCAGGCGGUCACUCUGGCAGAUGGAUCCACAGCGUACAUCCAGCACGACACCAAAGCCGCCUUUUCAGACGGACAGAUCAUGGACGGCCAGGUGAUCCAGCUGGAGGACGGCUCUGCUGCCUACGUUCAACAUGUGUCCAUGCCUAAAGCAGGAGGGGACAGUUUACAGCUUGAAGACGGACAAGCAGUUCAGCUAGAAGAUGGAACGACGGCGUAUAUUCACACACCCAAAGAAACUUACGACCAGAGUGGCCUGCAGGAGGUGCAGCUGGAGGACGGUAGUACGGCCUACAUCCAGCACACUGUACACAUGCCCCAGUCCAACACCAUCCUGGCCAUCCAGGCUGACGGCACCAUCGCAGACCUGCAGGCUGAGGCCACGGCCAUCGACCCGGAGACCAUCAGCGUGCUAGAACAGUACACCACUAAGGUGGAGAACAUAGAAAACCCCUUAGGUUCCUUUGGCAGAGUGGAAGCAGACAACGGCGUCCACAUGCGGAUUGUGUUACAACAAGACAACAGGCAAAGUAGAAGUGCAAAUGUAGGGGAGAAGUCUUUCCGCUGUGAAUACGAAGGCUGUGGAAAACUCUACACCACUGCUCACCAUCUCAAGGUACACGAGCGCUCCCACACAGGAGACAAGCCGUAUGUCUGUGACUAUCCCGGCUGUGGGAGGAAGUUUGCAACAGGGUAUGGACUGAAGAGUCACUCACGCACACACACCGGGGAGAAGCCAUACAGGUGUCAGGAGCUGAACUGCUGCAAGUCCUUCAAAACCUCUGGAGACCUUCAAAAGCACACAAGAACACAUACAGGAGAGAAGCCUUUUAAAUGUCCAGUCGAAGGCUGCGGCAGGUCGUUUACAACCUCAAACAUCCGCAAAGUCCACAUCCGAACACACACCGGGGAGCGGCCAUACUACUGCUCCGAGCCAAGCUGUGGCCGCUCGUUCGCCAGCGCAACCAACUACAAGAACCACAUGAGGAUACACACAGGAGAGAAACCAUACGUGUGUACAGUGCCUGGCUGUGAAAAGCGCUUCACAGAAUACUCCAGCCUUUAUAAACACCACGUCGUUCACACACCCUGCAAACCGUACAACUGCAACCACUGUGGGAAAACCUACAAGCAGAUCUCAACGCUCGCCAUGCACAAACGCACUGCUCACAACGACACAGAGCCUAUCGAGGAGGAGCAGGAGGCCUACUUUGAACCCCCAACAGACGCCAUUGACGACCCAAGUGUCAACUACACAGCAGCGGUCGACGCUGAGGAAUCCGGCUCAGAGCAGCUUCCCAUCAUUGAUAACUCAGACAUCGUUGGUCAGCAGCAUGUUGCCUUGGUGACGCAGGAGGAUGGAACGCAACAGCAGGUCAGCAUCUCUGAAGCAGACUUACAAGCCAUGGGCGGCACAAUCACCAUGGUAACCCAAGAAGGCACAACCAUAACCAUCCCGGCCCAUGAACUCGCAACGCAAGGUGCUCAUUCGGUCACCAUGGUAACAACAGACGGCUCAGAUGAACAGGUGGCCAUCAUGACGCCUGACAUGGCCUCGUAUCAAACGGUGGAGGAGGCGGGCUACAGCCAAGAACAAGAUGAGAUUCAUCCUGUCACAUUACUGGCCACUUCCAACGGCACACACAUCGCCGUGCAGCUCAGUGACCAGCCUUCGCUGGAGGAAGCCAUCAGAAUAGCAUCAAGAAUACAACAAGGAGAGUCGCCGGGCCUUGAUGAUUGACGGACUCAUUAUGGACAAUGAUUUAGGAUCUAAUCCAACUCAAGUGGACUUUAUCAACGACCGAAAUCACAAGUCUUCCUCCAUGUUUUUUUUCCACAGAUGAACCUAGCUUUUACGUGUACAUAGGAUUUUGAUAACUGGAGCUCUGCUAUGCUAUUUUAUCCCUCAACAAAAAGAUAAAAGAGGGGAAAAAGCUUUCUAAUGUUUAUGGUGCACAGUGCACAGUGCAGUGUACAGCUAAUGCUAUUUCUAAUAAAAAACAAAUGUGUGACUAA